CAAACAUUCAUCGGCGAGUGUUUUGUGUUUUCCCACCUUGAAUCUUGAAUGCCGAGGUCAUUGUGAAGUGAGUCGCGUUUUGUAGAAUUUUUUAGAUAACCGGACGAAAGAUUGCUUUAAUGUUGCUCGCCGCAACAGCAUGGGUGCAAACAUCUCCCAGCUCGAGCGUGAUAUCGGAUCGGAUCAGUUUCCCCCGAACGAGCACUACUUUGGGUUGGUCAACUUCGGAAACACCUGCUACAGUAACUCGGUCCUGCAGGCGCUCUACUUCUGUCGGCCAUUCCGGGAGAAGGUGCUAGAGUACAAGGCCAAGAACCGUCGCACGAAGGAAACGCUGCUGUCCUGUUUGGCCGAUCUGUUCUACAGCAUAGCGACACAGAAGAAGAAGGUGGGCUCGAUUGCUCCGAAAAAGUUCAUCGCCCGGCUGCGCAAGGAGAAGGAAGAGUUUGAUAAUUAUAUGCAACAAGAUGCGCACGAAUUCCUCAACUUUCUCAUCAACCACAUCAACGAGAUCAUUCUGGCCGAACGCAACCAGGCGAAGGCGCCGGCCGGGAAGGGCAGCAACAGUAGCAACAGCAGCAGUAACAACACCAACAACAUCAGCAACGGUACGGGAAGCAAUGGGACGGUGGGAGGCCAUACCGGCAGUCUGGGGCCGUCGGAUAACGCGAGCAGCACGGAACCGACGUGGGUGCACGAGAUAUUUCAGGGCAUCCUGACGAGCGAGACGCGCUGUCUGAACUGCGAGACCGUCAGCAGCAAGGAUGAGAACUUCUUCGAUCUGCAGGUGGACGUCGAUCAGAACACCAGCAUCACGCACUGUUUGCGGUGCUUCAGCAACACGGAAACGUUGUGUAGUGAUAACAAAUUCAAAUGUGAUAACUGCUGUAGCUACCAGGAAGCGCAGAAGCGGAUGCGGGUCAAGAAGUUGCCGAUGAUCCUGGCGCUCCACCUGAAGCGCUUCAAGUACAUGGAGCAGUACAAUCGCCACAUCAAGGUGUCGCACCGGGUCGUGUUUCCGCUGGAGCUGCGACUCUUCAAUACGUCCGAUGAUGCAGUGAACCCCGACCGACUGUACGACCUUAUGGCGGUGGUCAUCCACUGUGGUUCCGGUCCGAACCGGGGCCACUACAUCAGUAUCGUUAAAAGCCACGGCUUUUGGCUGCUGUUCGACGACGACAUGGUCGACAAAAUAGAGGCUUCCACCAUCGAGGAUUUCUACGGGCUUACGUCGGACAUUCAGAAAUCGUCGGAAACGGGCUACAUCCUGUUCUACCAGUCUCGUGACUGUGCCUGAGGGGCGAUCGAAGCAACCGUAGCCGGGUAACACGGUGUGAAAAAGUGCCCAUCGCCUGCUAAGAUUUUAGUGAAAAUGGUGACGUUUCGGGGAAAGUGCAUGAAAAAUGGCACCUUGUGAAGCGAGCAAAGCGGUGGCCACCACCGGCGGUGGCGUACUCUAGAGAGGUUGACCAGUUUGUUUUGUUAAAUCUAUUUAUUUUGCUGGCGCAGAGUUAGGAAUAUAGUUUUUCUAUAGAUGAUAUUGGUUUGUGUAGCGGUAAGAGCAUUAAGCACUUAACAAACACCCUUUUCGAGUAGUUUCUUUCAACUGUAGAUUAUCUAUUGGUACGAGCAAAGGAUCAGUUCCAGGAAGCAAGCAGCUAGGGCCGGUAGUUUAUAAAACACGAAUCGUUAUCGUUGUGCAAGGCCAGAGGGAGGUCGAUUAAAUCAAUCAAAAUUAAGCAACCGUUUGAUGGCAACAACAGGGAACGAUAGAAGAAACGUCCGCAAAGCGUUGGGGAUACACGUGGAAGGGAAUGUUAGAAGUUUUCCCCGGCCAGAACAAGGCUCUCAGCCGGUUUCGUUUAGUUUUCCCGCCACAGAACCACAUACGGCACCCGUUCCGUGGUGCGGAUAACCCUGUAACACUUAAUAGAAGUUAUACUUAUGCAGCAUUUUUAGACUAAAAUUGGGAGAAAGGUGCAAGAAGAUCGGAAAAUCUCAUCCGGACAGGACUAAAAGUGAAAACACCUCAACGAAUUCAGGGCGGUAAGAGGCACACACAUUUAAAACGUAAGUGAACAAAAGGAUCUUGCCAUGGCAGCCGGAAGAGGACAACCAACCUUAUGUGAAACGAAAGUCACUUUUAAAUGCCAAUAAUGAUAGGAAUACCGUAACUAAAUAAACAAUAAUGGAACU